AAUCCCUCCGAGGCUCCGUAGAGGACCAGAGUGGCCAGUGAGGGAGCCGACAGCGACCACUUCAGUGGGAGUGUCUCCAGCUUCCUGGCCAAUGAGAAGCUCAUGUCUGUGGACAGCAUGAACAGUGAUGUCACAGAAUGCCACGGCUUGGCGCUGCUUCACUUUCUCCAAGAGUCCCGUUGCCAUGACAGCUGAGGGCGUGCUGCAGGCGGGGACUGUGACCUCACUGGCCGCGCCGUCCGUCAUUAACCAUGUGAUGCACGCCAGCUACGGAGAGAAUCCAGAGAGCUUCAUGGUUUGGGAUCACUUCCAGCCCUGUUCAGGUGAUCUAGGUCCAGCUGAAGAGUACAGUGCGCGGGUGGACAUCGAGGUGGACUGUCCAGGGCCCAGUCAUGUGAUCAGGAGCGUCCCCCUCGGAGCCAGGUCUGGGAUAGCCAGAGUACACGCCCCCAAAGGCCUACAGCUCCAGAGUAGCUUUGGACUAGAGGAAAGGUUGACCCGGCACAGAGAGCUGUCCAUCCGGCCCAGGGAGGAUGUUGUGGUCCACCUGCUGUUUGCCCCCACCCGGGUGGCCUGCACCCUGGCCAAGCUGGAGAUCAAACCCUCACAGCCUGGCAUCAAGUUCACUAUCCCCCUAUCAGGCUAUGGAGGGACCAGUAGCAUUAUUCUGGAAGACACCAGGAAGCGUUCAGACGGCUACGUGGGUAUGCUAAUGGGUGUGGCAGCAGGCCAGGUGUCCAAGCUCUGUGUGUGUGUGAGGAACACUGGGUCCAGGGCUGCCUUCAUUAAGGCUGUUCCCUACUCUGACCUUCAGACACGCUCUGUCAUGGACUCAUCUGUCAUCAGCCUCUCUCCAUCUCCGUUAGUACACAGGAGGUGAUCACGGUUCUGAUGAAGGUGACCCAUAGAGAGCAGACUCUGUGUCAGUCAGCUAAUGCCCUCCUGGCCACAGUCUGUCUCUUCUGUGGAGACGAGGUCUCACGACAACAGUUCAGGAGGUUGCUGCUGUCGAAGCCCGAGGCAGGCAGGAAGAUUCUGUCGGAGAACAGCCUGCUGAAAGGACUCAACUUCAACGAAAGGUUCCUGGGGGAGGAGCAGGUCC